AUGAUCGUUUGUGCAAUUACAAUGAUAAAGAAAUUUCAUCCAGCAAUGCUCAUUGAAAAUAGAAUUAUAAAAAUUGAAAGUGGUUUGAUUAUUGGUGAAGAUAAUGAAGGUUUUUAUGCUUAUCGUGGAAUUCCUUACGCUGAAAGUCCAGAAGGAGAUUUGAGUAUGAUCAUUUCACAUACAGUUAUGUUGGAAUAG